AUGCCCUCCCGCACGGAUCGACGCGAUGCUACCAUCCUUGCCGCAGCGGCCAGCAAUAUGAAAAUAGAUUUCAUCGAGGGGAUAACUGGCGACCAAAUCCCCGAGGUCGCCUUGCCACCAGGAAAUAAAGCUGAGAGCCUCAAGCUUUUCAAAGGAAUUAGAGGUAGUUGGCGAUCACAUAUGAAUGCCUUGCAAGCUAUUGUUCAUCAAAAUCUUAGCAGUGCUAUGAUUUUUGAGGACGAUGUCGACUGGGAUGUCCGUCUACGCCCGCAACUACAGGACCUUGCAUUUGCUUCGCAGUUCCUAACAUCGGGGCCCCAGGACCUAUCCCGUUAUCCUGUACAAACUAUUCCCAACCCGGAGGCCCCCGAAGUCAGCAUCCACAAUGAAUCAUCUGAAAAUCCAAUUCCCUCGACACUCCACUCUUUACCGCUAUCCAAGGUUCUAGGGCCCAGUUUGAAGUUACAUCCUUAUGGCGAUCCAGCAAAUUGGGAUGUCCUAUGGCUGGGACACUGUGGUGCCGGGUUUCCUCGACCACCUAGGUCCGGUUCAGGAGCGAGUGACAAGAAUAUCUUACUCACCAACCCGAACGAUCCUACGGUCCCCUUACCGAAAUAUCUACGCGCGCAUCCUUUUGGGCCCCUCGAUGCAUUAGGUACUUCCCAUCCACCGCACACCCGUGUCUACCAUCGUGGGAGUGGCGGAGCCCUAUGCACUGUUGCAUAUGCAGUCAGUCAACGGGGCGCGAGAAGGUUACUGCAUGAAUUUGGAGUUAGUAAAUGGGGUCGUAUUUGGGACGUUGAGUUGGGCGACUGGUGCGCGGGGUCGGAUUCUCCUGCAGGCAGUAAACCCGAAGAUGGCUCUGAAGCGCUGGGUGAAGCUAGAAUGGAUCAGGAAGACAAGGGGGAAAGGAAAUGCAUCACCGUCCAGCCCCCGAUCUUUGCACAUCACCAUCCAUUAGGAGGAGAGAGUGAUAUUGGGGGACUAGGAGGGGGUUACGCUAGAACCGUAGAGACGAAAUACCUUAGAUUGAGUGUGAGGAUGAACUUGCAGGCGAUGGUUAGGGGAGAUGGCCCAGAGGUUAUGGUGGACCAAUGGCCUGACUAA